UGACAGACAAUUUGGCUCCCGAACUUGACACUAAAACUCUUUUCACACGUUUAAGAGUUGAAAACGUUGGUUAAUGUCAAUGAUACAUUAUUAUAAUAUACCAGAAGAUCUUACCAUAGUUCAUGAUUGCUUCAUCAUUCUCCAAUAUGGCUUUCAAACUUGCUAGUCUCCUUUUCUUUCUGUUGUUUUUUAAUCAGUGUUCGACCUCAAAAUCUUGGUUGAAAAUCGGUUAUUACGAUUCACAAACAGAGCUCCCUGUUUCAGAUAUCAACUCUGCUCUUUUCACUCACUUAAUCUUUGGUUUUGUUUCUGUAAAUGUUUCCUCGUACCAGCUCUAUAUUAAUGCCUCUAGCUCAGAAAAGUUCUCUACAUUCACCAAUCUUGUCAAGCUUAAAACCCCAUCUGUAAAAACCAUUAUGUCCAUCUGGGUUGGUGAAAAUCAAGAUUCAAACUUUCUCUCAGCGCUAACCAAGUCUUCCUCUAGAAAAUCCUUUAUCGAAUCUUCAAUAAGAACAGCUAGGCUUAAUGGGUUUGAUGGGCUAGACCUUUAUAGUGUGCCACCAAGCUCGAGCUUGGAGAUGACAAUUUUGAGAACCCUUUUGGGAGAGUGGCGAGCUGCCAUAGAUUCUGAGUCAAGAAAAAAGAACCAGUCGAAGUUGCUCUUGGUGAUGGUGAGUCAUAUCAUGCCGAGUUUGAACUCAGUGAGUUACCCGAUUGACGCGAUGAAGAAGAACUUGGAUUGGGUUCAUGUUAAAUCGUACGACUACUAUAUGCCAACAACAUCAAAGUUCUCUAACCCUCAUGCUGCUUUGUAUGAUCCAUUCAACCAAGUGAUUAACACCAAUAGUGGAAUUCACGAGUGGUUGAACAGAGGAUUUCCAGCAAGUAAACUGGUCUUGGGAUUGCCUUAUAUUGGCUACGCUUGGACCCUUGCAAACCCAAAUGAUUAUUCAAUUGGGGCUCCAUCAACAGGUCCAGGAAUCACCUUAGACGGGUCUAUGUUCUAUAAUUUCUUAAAGUGGUACAUAGGAAGUAAUGGGUAUGGUGUAAAGUCUUUUUACAAUGAUACUUAUGCGGUAAACUUCUGCAAACUAAGGGAAAACUUUAUUAGCUUUGAUGAUGUUGAGGCUAUCAAGGCUAAAGUUUCCUAUGCAAAGAAGAUGAAUCUUAUGGGCUAUUUUGUGUUUCAUGUAGGAAACGAUAACAACUGGGUUCUCUCCAAAGCAGCUCUUGAGGGAGAUGGAGAUCAGCAAGGACUGAAGCAUCGACUAUUGACCAUUUUUCUAGUUACAACUGCUAUGAUUAUUCUUUUGCUGGCAACCAUCUUGUGUUUAUUACAAAGAAGAGCACUCAAUUCAACAGCUUGUUUGGCUGUAGGGAUUAUGAAUAUCAUUAAAAGGUCAAUUUAUAAACUCAAAAUCAGAUUAGCUACUGAUCAUCGAGGCAGCGAUGCCUCUAAUCUGCAAGUACUUAGUUAUUCAACUGUUAAGGCAGCUACAGAUAACUUCUCAAAUCAAAAUAAGCUUGGAGAGGGAGGAUAUGGACCUGUAUACAAGGGUACUUUGAGGACAGGACAAGAAAUUGCAGUGAAGAGACUUUCGAAAACAUCAAAUCAAGGUUUCGAAGAGUUUGAGAAUGAAGUUAAGCUGACUGCAAACCUGCAACAUGUAAACCUUGUUAGAGUGCUGGGAUAUUGCAUAGAGAGGGACGAAAAGAUGCUUAUCUAUGAAUACAUGUCGAACAAUAGCUUGGAUCACUACCUCUUUGAACUAAUGGCUAAUGCAGAUCAAACCAAAAGGCAUCUUUUAGAUUGGAAGAAACGUGUCUGCAUUAUUGAAGGAAUUACACAAGGUCUUUUGUAUCUCCAAGAAUACUCGAAUUUUCCUAUUAUACACCGGGAUGUAAAAGCUAGCAACAUUUUGCUAGAUAAUCAAAUGAAUCCAAAGAUUUCAGACUUUGGUUUGGCCAGAAUGUUCAGAAAAGAUGAAUUUGAAGCAAUCACUGGUCGGAUUGUUGGAACAUAUGGUUAUGUACCCCCUGAGUACAUUAGGAAAGGCAUAUAUUCAAUGAAAUAUGAUGUUUAUAGCUUCGGUGUUCUGCUUCUCCAAAUCAUAAGUGGCAAGAGAAAUACUAGUGACUAUGGUCUGAAUGAAAAUCUACACCUUUUGGAAUAUGCAUAUGAACUGUGGAAAGAAGGUCUUGGAGCACAAAUCGUUGAUCAAACACUAGAUGACUCUUCGUCAACUUGCAAAAUAGAAAGAUGCAUGCAGAUAGCUCUACUGUGUGUGCAGGAAAGUCCGGUUGAUAGGCCAUCCAUGUUGGAGGUUUUAUCGAUGCUCAAGAAUGAAGCUGCAGCCAUCAUUAGUCCUAAGAAACCUGCAUUCUCCAUUAAUGAAAGUGGUGAGUUAAAUAAAGAAUGUUGUCUAUGCAGAGCAAGAGGAGAGCUCUAUUCUAUUGAUGAUGCAACAAUUUCGCUGUUACAACCCCGUUGAGGGUGCAAGUAGGCAUAUACAAAAUUGUAAAUGAGAUUGUUACUAGUCUAGUUCUUAAAAUAUUGACUUGUGAGAUGAUGACUAUGCAGUUAUUGUCUAUUCUAUGGUACAUAAUGAUGAACAUUGUCACUAAA